AUGAACGAUACAGAUGCAAACAGCGAAGCAGAGGAUUUUCGCGUACAGGACUCACUGCCCGUCCUGUUGAAUUGGUGCACGAACAAGGGGGUGGAAUUGCAUUCUGUUGAAGUGCUUUCCCGUGAUGGGCAGCGGGGCCUCUACGCCAAGACGGACAUCAACGCCGGGGAUUGCAUCGUUUCGAUUCCAAGACAAUCUGCUAUUAUUGCAAACAUUGCAGAUGAAUCACCACCUAACUUUUACGAGCUUGGUGGGCUUUCGAAAGAAUUCUGGCAAAGCGCGGCAUGGGAAGCUCGUUUAGCGGUGGUGCUCCUGGACGAAUGCGCACGCGGAAAGGACUCGCCAUUCUAUGAAUACAUCAUGACCCUCCCACGGGAUCCAUGGUGCGCACUAUGGGCAUUCGAGAAACUUGGAGGGGCUCUUGUAUCAAAGCAACUGCAACCGUAUCAUAUGCAUAGUGUUGCGCGCGAGUACCGCGACCACGUCAAACAUACGCUUGUGUUACUGCGGAAAGCACUGCCGAAGGCCAAGCAUUCUUUGGUGACUCUCGAACGUUAUUCAUGGGCUAAUGCAAUAUGUCAGAGUCGAGGUUUCGGCAUCCCCGUUGUGGGCACCAUUGCCAACCACAACAGAUUCACGAAGGGCUCUUCACCUUCACAUUUCCAGAAGCGAGAUGAGGUGGUGCCUAUUCGGUAUGCGCUCUUCCCGGGCCUUGAUAUGGCAAAUCAUUCGGUGCACUGCCAGACAUCCUUCAAGUAUGAUGCUGACGCUGACAUCUACAGGGUGCACACUGGCACGAAUUUCGCGGCUGGGGAGCAAGUCUUCCUGUCAUAUGGUUCGAAAUCGAACGAUGACUUGAUGUUUUUCUACAGUUUCGUUGAGGGUAACAAUCCGGCAAACACGGUUAAGCUUCCGGACUUUCGGGAGUGGAUCCUAGAUUUAGGGCAUGAGUAUUCGCAAAAAGACUCUGACUGGGACGCAAAACUUGAAGUAUUACAGAAGAACCACCUCACACAACCAGCCAAGUCACAUGUAUUCGAACUUGACAAAGUCCCUGACGAAUUAAUGCUCGCAGUUCGCAUUGCAGUUGCUUCAAAUGAAGAUCUCUCCAAGCUCAAGAAAGACAUAGAGGAGCAGCCAGAUUGCAGACAUAAACCAGUCGGUCUGAAUAAUGAGCUCGACGCAUGGCACGCCAUCGACGUGAAAUGCCAAGCGCUAUUGGCAGAAGCAGGAGAUUUCACAGAAGAUCAACAAGAGUCGCUCACAAAGAUGUUUUCCAAGCGUCCGUGCAGUGCAGUCUGGAGAUGGGGAGAGGAAGGAUCAGACGGGGAGGUGAUGUACAAGUAUGAAAGGCAAACGGUGCUUAGUGUUACAUCAGACAGAGUGCGCCAUUUUGCGCGGAUCAGCUCAGCUGUUGGACGCGUUUGUACUGUUCUUAUGCCUCCUUCACAAUCCUUAUUGAAAGCAGAUCUGUUCACAGGGAUGGACGACACUGAGACAUCAGGGGUUUUCAAGUUUGCAAUCCCGCCUGAUGAUAUAAACCUAACUUCAUGA